AUGGCGCUUACGGCUUUUAAGAAAUCACCAUUGGCUUGGUUCUUGUAUGCAACCGUCUUUUUUGUUAGCGGAACGUUUGCAUGCAUUUUUCAUAUCCUUUCGUUAGUUCUUUGGCCAAUAUCUAAAGUAUAUUAUAGACACGUAUCUAUGGCAAUAGGUCGCCUAUGGCUUGCAAAUUUAACGGCAUUGCCUGAAUUCUGGAGUGGCUUAGAAUGGGAAGUUUAUUGCCCGAAUGAUGAUGAUAAAUAUUUCGGAAAGGAAAAUGCACUGAUUGUCGCAAAUCAUCGUAGCGAUGUUGACUGGCUGAUUGGCCUGACGUUCGCUGAUAGGUUUAAUAUGGUGCCGGCUACAAAAUGCUAUUUGAAAUCAGCAAUAAAGUACGUCCCCCUACUCGGUUUCUCUUUCUGGAACUUAGAACAUCUCUUUGUUAAGAGGGACUGGGCUAAAGAUUCUAUAUCUCUGGAACGGCAGUUAAAAAGUUUGAAAGAAGGGCCUUUUCCUUUAUGGUUAACAAUAUUUGCAGAAGGUACAAGGUACACGAAAGAAAAAUACCUAAAAAGUGUUGAAUUUGCAAAAAAAAAUGGCCUUCCAGUUCUUAAACACCACAUGCAGCCUCGUGUUAAGGGCUUUACACUUGCAUAUAGUUGUCUAAAGGAAAAAUGUGAUGCAAUCUACGAUACCACUUUCAUAUUUCCCGAUACGUUGCCUAGCCUAAUGCACUUGUUGUUCUGCAAACCUUGUAAAAUAGUUCUUCUUGUAAGGCGCCUUCCGAUCUCUGUGAUACGAGGUGAAGAUGACGAACAAGCUUGCACAAAAUUUUUAAGGGAAUUAUACGUGACAAAGGAUCAAUUGAUGGAUGAAUAUUUGCAAAAAGGCACUGUUGGUUGGCCUAGGUGUUACGCCCAUCGUAACCGUACUACUUUCCUAUUAACUACAAUUUGGUGGACAAUUGUUUUAGUUUCGUUAGUAUUUUAUUUAAUUCCUGCCAUUAUUAGUGGAUCUAGAGUUGCAUUAGUCUCGUCUGGUGUAUUUUCCUUAUUGAUUAUUAUAGGUGGAUUGAUAGCGCGUAAUUUUACAAUGUCGGAGAAAAGUAGUUUAUAUGGUGUGAAGAAUAAUAAGAAGAAACUGUAA